AUGCGGAAAAUGACUCCGGUGGCCGGAAUACGCCAUCUAGUGGACACCGUACUACCUAAAAAAAUAAUCCGUACAAGUCGAGGCUCCGGUAAAAAAAAAAAAAAAACAUGGCGGACGGGUCUGAGAAAAUCAUCCUGGCGGUUUCAGGGCACCGGGUGCUGUACGACCUGUCCGCAGAGGGAUACAGAAAUAUAAACAUCAAAGCUAUGGCGUGGGAGGAUGUAGCACGCACGGCAGGCAAGACAGGUGAGGUCGGGGAACCUGGACCUACAAUAGACCCCAGGAAACACACAGAGAGUCCUCAGACGUGUGAGCGGGAGCGAGCCUGGCUACUCUCUCACAUGCGACCCCCCUGGCAGGUAGAGUUCUUCAUCCCAGAAUGCACUGCAGAGGGCCGCUACAGCCCCGACAGGCUACUGCUGGUGUGUGAGGGCGGACAGCGGCACGGAACCGCAUCCCAGAGUGCACUGGGGCAGAGGUGGCACCCACAGACAGGAGGUACAGGGAGAAACCUCUGCCUGGUAAAUGCGACCUUUCAGUUUUAUCAUCACAAAGGGUGUCCAGGUGCUCGGAAGAAGCACCUCCUACAAAGUCUGGUCAGAGCUCUGCAGCUGGAAGCAGAGCAUGCUGGGACUCUGAGUCCCUACAGAGCCUCAGACACACCUCCCUCCAGCACUCCCUCUUCAUCUUUCAACACUUCGACCUCCGCCCCCUCUCCCUCCUCCCCUGGCGUUUUCCCCCCUGUUGCUCGGGAGCCCAUUGAGUCCUCCCGUCCAGAGGGGGUGCUGCGCUGGCACUUCAGUCAGCUGGACCUGGACUCCAGCGGGGUUCUGAGCAAAAGCGAGGCUCGACCUCUCCGUCACUUCCUGCGCCGGAAGCUGAGCCCACGGCGCUGUGCCAAGAAGUUCUCCCAGUACUGUGACAGGGACGGGGACCGGGGCCUCACGCUGGACCAGCUGAGGGCCUGUCUGGGCCUCUGAGGGGGGGCGG